AUGCCUCCCUCGCCGCACGUUUCGAAACCCUUUCCGGUGGGAAAUGCCGUGCCCUCGUAUUGGCGGAACGAAAUAGGGUCAAUCGACACUCAUCGCAGUACUGCGAAACUCCCCGCAGAGGUAGAGGUUGUGGUCAUCGGUGCUGGCUAUACUGGAGCGUCCAUCGUGCAUCACUUGCUCGAAGAAACAACGGGUGUAGGUCGUCCUACACCAUCAAUCCUCAUCCUUGAGGCUCGCGAAGCUUGCUCAGGUGCCACAGGCCGCAAUGGCGGUCACUUGAAGCCAGAUCCCGUUUUGCGAGCUGCUAGCGUACUCGACACCCAUGGCAAAGAGGUUGCGGAGCAUGUGGCCUCGUUCGAAGCGCGCCAGAUUGGUGCGAUAAGGGAACUCGUUGCGCGAGAGAACAUUGAAUGCGACUUUGAAGAGACCAGAGUUGUAGAUGUCUGUUUGUAUUCACAAGGCCAACAUCGAAUGAAAGCAGCGAUCGAUAAAACCACAAGAGCGGGUAUUUCCACAGCAAAAACGGUAAACUACACCUCUGGUGCAAAAGCUGAAGAGAUAUCUGGCGUGCGGGGAGCCAUGUCUUGUCAUACAUACAACGCCGCGCGUUUGUCUCCAUACCGACUCGUUACGCGCCUUCUGGAACAAGCAGUGACCUCGGGAGUAAACUUACAAACCUUUACGCCAGCCACGAAGGUUGAAGCAAGAGGAUCAGACGCUACGGAUCAACUCUGGCUCGUAACGACGCCGCGCGGCUCUAUCACAGCACGAACUGUCAUUUAUGCUACGAAUGGUUAUACUGCAGCAUUGGUACCAGAGGUCAGAGAAAAGAUCGUGCCAGUAAGAGGAAUGGUCGCACGGCUCGCUGGACCGGCGUUGUCGAGGAUGAAAGACAGCUACAUGAUGCGCUUCUCAGACUACGAAUAUGACUACAUGAUUCCACGUCCGGAUGGUAGCAUCGUCUUGGGCGGAGGAAGGCGUGAUUAUUUCGAAAAUUUGAACGAGUGGUUCAACGUGUCGGACGAUAGCAGGUUGAUGGAAGGCGCGCGAGGAUACUUCGACGGGUACAUGCAGCGGCAUUUUCAUGCAUGGGAAGGUAGCGAAUUCUCUACGGAAGAGAUUUGGACUGGCAUCAUGGGCUAUUCCAACGAUGACUUCCCAUACGUCGGUGCUGUUCCCGAGAAGACAGGCCAGUACAUGUGUGCAGGCUUCACUGGGCAUGGGAUGCCACAAAUAUUUCUCGCAGCGAAAGCUCUAACGUCCAUGAUCCUCACUCGAGAUUCCGAGGACGUGGAUUUACCUCUGCCCUAUCGAAUAUCCCAAGAAAGGUGGCUAGAGAGAAAACCUCAUGCUGCCCUCAAAAUGUGGCAGAAAACAUUCGACCUGGGAGGCGCCCAAGCAAGGCUAUGA